GCCAGCCACAACGGCGGCGGAAGGACCGGCUGCCGCUGCCCACCGGAGCCCGAGCAGAGGAGGACGAGGAAGAAGAAGAUAACUCCUGAUCUUGAAAGCCUCGAGACCUAGGAAACUACUGCUGUUAAAAUGUCAGCCCUCAGCAGUUACUGUCCUCAUUUGGAAUCGGUUGGGGAAAUAACAAAGGAAGAGUUGAUUCAGAAAUCUCAUGGUACUUGCCAGGACUGUAAAGUCAGAGGACCAAAUCUUUGGGCUUGUCUGGAGAAUGGGUGUUCGUAUGUUGGCUGUGGAGAAUCAUAUGUAGAUCACAGUACCAUACAUUCUCAGGACACAAAGCACUGUCUAACUGUGAACCUUACCACUCUACGGGUUUGGUGUUAUGCUUGCAGCAAAGAAGUGUUUUUAGAUAGAAAAUUGGGAACUCAGUCUCCAUUACCAAGUGCAAGACAACUUCAGCAAGUACAAGAAAAUGUGCAGGAUUUUAAAAUAUCUGGGACCCCAACUCUAAAGAUGCCACUUGCAGCUGUAUUCGAUGAUCUGGAUAUAGAAGUGGAAGAAGAAGAUGAACUUAAAACAAGAGGCCUCACGGGUUUGAAAAACAUUGGCAACACAUGCUACAUGAAUGCAGCUUUGCAAGCUCUUUCCAAUUGCCCGCCUCUGACACAGUUUUUCCUUGACUGUGGAGGUUUAGUCCGAACAGAUAAGAAGCCAGCAAUUUGCAAAAGUUAUCUGAAACUCAUGACGGAACUUUGGCAUAAGAGCAGGCCAGGAUCUGUUGUUCCUACUAAUUUGUUUCAGGGAAUUAAAACCGUAAAUCCAGCAUUUCGGGGCUAUUCCCAGCAGGAUGCCCAAGAAUUUUUGCGCUGUCUAAUGGAUCUGCUUCAUGAAGAACUGAAAGAACAGGUCAUGGAGUUGGAGGAAAAUGUUCCAGCUGUCACACCAGAAGAGAGCAUGGAGGAAGACAAGAGCCAGUCAGAUGCAGAUUUCCAGUCCUGCGAAUCAUGUAGUAGCAGUGACAAAGCGGAAAAUGAAAGCGGUUCUAGAGGCUUUACUGAAGACCAUGCUGAAACCACGAUGUUAAUACAGGAUGAGGAAAAUAACCCAGUACUUUCCAAAGACUGGCAGAAAGAAAAGAUAUGCAAUAAGCUCAACCAAAUCAAUUCUGAGGAGGAUAUGGAGAAAGAUAUAGACACUAUGGCAGACCCAGCUGAAUUUUCAAAUAACCAGGAGACUGUCAAGGUGCAAAUACACAGUAGAUUUUCAGAAUAUAUCGCUGAUGCCCAUUUGAAUGAGCCAUCAACCCCACAAACCCCUCCGUCAAAUGAAGGCAUCAAUCUCCGAUUGUCAACUAGCCCUCCCAAAUCGGGCUCCUUGUGGUCAGGAUUGGCACCUGCACAUAAAAAAGCUCCAUCUGCACCCUCUCCAAAGAAAAAGAAGCACAAGAAAUAUAGGAGUGUCAUAUCAGAUGUAUUUGAUGGGACAAUCGUUAGCUCAGUGCAGUGUUUGACCUGUGACAGGGUGUCUGUAACCUUGGAGACUUUUCAAGAUCUAUCUUUACCAAUUCCCGGGAAGGAAGACCUUGCUAAGCUACAUUCAUCGAGUCACCCAACUUCUAUAGUCAAGGCAGGAUCAUGUGGAGAAGCAUAUGCCCCCCAAGGGUGGAUUGCAUUUUUCAUGGAAUACUUUAAAAGGUUUGUUGUCUCAUGUGUUCCUAGCUGGUUUUGGGGUCCAGUAGUAACCUUGCAAGAUUGUCUUGCUGCCUUUUUCGCCAGAGAUGAACUCAAAGGUGACAAUAUGUACAGUUGUGAAAAGUGCAAAAAGUUGAGGAAUGGAGUUAAAUUCUGUAAAGUGCAAAAGUUUCCUGAGAUUCUAUGCAUUCAUCUAAAAAGAUUCAGACACGAACUGAUGUUUUCCACCAAAAUCAGUACCCAUGUAUCUUUUCCACUGGAAGGCCUGGAUCUUCAAUCGUUUCUUGCUAAGGACAGCCCGGCGCAAAUUGUGACAUAUGAUCUUUUGUCUGCCAUUUGUCAUCAUGGGACUGCAAGUAGUGGACACUACAUAGCCUACUGCCGAAAUAAUCUAAAUAAUCUGUGGUAUGAAUUUGAUGACCAAAGUGUCACAGAAGUUUCUGAAUCUACUGUACAGAAUGCAGAAGCUUAUGUACUCUUUUACAGAAAAAGUUCCGAGGAUGCACAGAAAGAGAGACGAAGGGUGUCCAAUUUGUUGAAUAUGAUGGAACCGAGUCUUCUCCAGUUUUAUAUUUCUCGACAGUGGCUGAAUAAAUUCAAGACUUUUGCUGAGCCAGGACCAAUUUCAAAUAAUGACUUCCUUUGUGUUCAUGGAGGUGUUCCUCCAUGCAAAGCUGGGUAUAUAGAAGACCUUGUUGUAAUGCUGCCUCAGAACAUUUGGGAUAACUUAUAUAGCAGGUAUGGAGGAGGACCAGCUGUCAACCAUCUGUAUGUUUGCCAUACCUGCCAAAUAGAGGUGGAAAAAAUUGAAAAAAGAAGAAAAACGGAAUUGGAAAUGUUUAUUCGGCUCAACAGGGCAUUCCAAGAAGAGGAAUCGCCAGCCAUUUUUUAUUGCAUCAGUAUGCAGUGGUUUAGAGAGUGGGAAGGUUUUGUGAAGGGCAAAGAUGGAGAUCCUCCAGGCCCUAUCGAUAAUUCCAAGAUUGCUGCCACAAAAUGUGGGAGUGUUGUACUCAAACAAGGAGCUGAUUCUGGGCAGAUUUCGGAAGAAACAUGGAAUUUUCUGCAGUCAAUUUAUGGAGGAGGACCAGAAGUGAUCCUGCGUCCUCCCGUUGCCCCCCUAGAAUCAGAAAUGCUCCAAACAGAAGAGAAGAUUGAAGUAGAAACUCGGGCUCUAUAGCGGUCAAGACAAAAAUCCAAAUGGGAACUUAUUUCCUCUUGCACAAAGUAAAACAUUCCUGGAAGCAUGUUUUUUGUUGUUUUUGUUGCCCCGCUUUCUUCUCUCCUCUCCCCUCCCCCCCAACAUACACACACACACACACACAUACACACACACCCCCCGUUCCUUUUUUAUCUAUUUUCCUUCCUCCCUGGGCAUUAUGGUUACAGAUGAAUGUGAUACCGUGUAAUAUAAGUUGAUACAUUAAACUAAAUAAGCCACAAAAUAUUUCAAACUUAAUAUUUUUCAGAAGGAUAUGGUAUAUAUUAUAUAUCUUGGAUAGCUCAAUAUGUGGACCCUGUGUCAGCGUUGAUCUUUUUACUCUAUGUAAGCUUGUGUAUCCUUUGUAGAACUGUAAAAUGAACCGAGUAACUUUAAAUUACUUUUACAAAUCUCUGCUUGCUAACUGACAAUUUCUUCUCUACAAAAUGCAACCUAUUUUAAUUGUACAGUUUUGACAAGUCUAAGUAUAAAAGAAGCCUAUUUUAAAUUGCUGAAAGUGAUAGUUAGAAAAUUGAUACUAAUUUCCUACAACUCAGGAAAAGUUAGGGUGUCACUUUUUUGCACUGCAAUGUAAAAAGCUAGCCUAUUAAAACUUCCGACACAUUUUUUUUAUUUGAAGGUUUCAAGUAUGUAAUUAGUCUCAGUGGAAUGCAUUAGCAAAUGUCAGUAAUUUAUUGCCUUCUAAACUGUAAAUCUUAAACUUCAAUUCCUAUACUCCUCGAUAGUGUUCAUUAGUGUCAGCGUCUAAGAAACCUGUUAUCUUUAGGUACUUUUUAUUUUGAGAGCAUGAAGUGUGGAAUGUGCUAAUAAAUGACUAUUGAUGAAACUGAAGAGCACUUGAGAAAUGAAAUUGUCUAGCCUCUAAUGAAAUGCAUAAAGAAUUUCUUUUGAAUAAUCUUAGUUAUGCAAAACUAAUUGGCAUGAUUGUAUGAUAUCAAAUGUUGAGUCAGAUGUAUUACAAUACAGAUUGCUAAUUCUGGAAUGUUGAAUGGCAUUAAACAAUUUUGGGGCAGUUAUUGUUACCAGCUGAAGCAACAGCUCAAGGUUAUCUCAAUAAAAAUGACCAUAAACUAA